UGGGACCCCCCGCCUCAUACCAUUUCUCUCCCUUCUUUUUUUUUCUUUCUUCUCUGUUAUUCUCUCUCUCUCUCUCUCUCUACUCUAUAUACAUCUCUCGUCUUGUCUUGCCUUACUUCCUUCUUUCAGAACAUAGAAGAGGAUAUAUAUUCAACAUUUAUCAUAUCCAUUUUGUUGUUCUCACUUGAUAUCACUCUUCAACAUCAGUUGUGAUUGCAUCUCCUUGCCACGACUACUUCUCAUAUCACUUUCGAUCUCACAAUGGGUUCUAUCACGCCCCCGGUUUCACCUUCUUACCAGAAACUAUGGAGGGAGACACCAUGCAUUGAGUCUCGCGCUCUCUCCCAAGUAGCAGGAUGCCGCAUCUUCCUCAAACUCGACCACCUCCAACCCUCCGGCUCCUUCAAAUCCCGCGGCAUCGGCCACCUCAUCUCCCUCGCCAGCACCCGCACCAGCAACCCCCACUUCUACUGCUCCUCCGGCGGCAACGCCGGCCUCGCCUGCGCCACCGCCUGCCUGACUCUCGGCCACCCAUGCACCAUCGUCGUCCCCGCCGCCACCAUGUCCUUCAUGGUCGCCAAGCUGCGCGCUCUCGGCGCCACCGUGCACCAAGCGGGAAGAAACUGGAAGGAGGCUGAUAACUUCCUGAGGGAGAGCGUUAUGGGGCGCGGUUCUCACAGCGGGGAGGAAGUAUAUGUUCCUCCCUUUGACCAUCCUGAUAUCUGGGAAGGCGCGAGCAGUCUCGUGCCAGAGCUAGAGAGGGACAUGAAAUCCGUCGGCGGGUAUGACGGGGUCGUAUGCUCCGUCGGCGGCGGCGGUCUUUUGGUAGGCAUCGCAGACGGACUCCGCCAAGCCGGCCGCACGAAGCAAGUCGGUAUUCUCGCUGUCGAGACCGAGGGCGCUGCUAGUCUGGCCACCAGUCUCGAGGCAGGGAAGGUGGUCACCCUACCGGGGAUCUCGUCAAUCGCUACGAGUCUGGGGUGCGUCAAGGUGGCGGAUCGCGCGUAUGAGGUUGCCUGCCAGGAGGGGGUUCAGGUGGCGGUGCUGAGUGAUGCGCAGGCGGCGAUGGGGAGUGUGAGGUUAGCUGAUCUUGAGAGGAUUAUGGCGGAGGUUGCGUGCGGGGUUAGUGUUGCGGCGUGCUUUGAUGGGAGUUUGAGGAGGGGGUUGGGGAGGGGGUGUGGGGAUGAGGAGUGGAAGGAGAAAAAGGUGGUGGUGGUGGUUUGUGGGGGGAGUAUUGUGUCGACAGGGUUGUUGGAGGAGUAUAGGGCGAUGUAUGAGGGGGUUGUGGAGAGGGAGUUGGUGGGGGGGAGGGAUAGGAUGGUGAGGAAGGUGUUGGAGGCGAUGCCGGUUGAGGGGAAGGAUUUGGAGAAGGGGGGGUUUGAGCAUCUGGGGGUGCAGAAGGUUGAUCAGGGGUUUCAGUGGGCGGUGCGUGCGUGAGCGUGGUGAGAUGGAUUAAUGAUGGGUGAUGGGAAUGAGUCCGAUUUUCUACGGGGAAUAAGGAUGAGGCUGGCGUUUGGGAUGGGGGAAUAGAAAUAGGCUCUUGAUUGGAGCUGUGCGUAGAUUUUUGCUUGACUUGGCUGGGGUUAAUGAAUGAAUGGGAGGGGUUUUAUGGUUAGAUUUCGAAAUGAAUUUUAUCAUGGAUAUGAUUUGGCCCUUUUGAUGAUGUGUGUUGAGGUUAUUUGCAACUACAUUUGAGAGGAUUAUAUUUGAUCUUACAAAUCCAAAACCAUUUUUAAAAAAUAAGAAUGAAG